AGCUCAUUCAUUUCCUCCUUUCUAGUUAGGUAUUUGCUGUGUAGUGUGUGUGCUGAUCUUAACCUCGUGGGUUAGCAGUCUAGAAACCAUGGCGCUGACAGCAAGCUCUCUGCAGCCAGUCUCCCACAUCCUCUUUGAUAUGGACGGCCUCCUGCUCGAUACUGAACGGCUUUACACAGUGGUAUUUCAGGAAAUCUGUGACCGAUUUGGAAAAGAAUACACGUGGGAUAUAAAAUCCUUAGUCAUGGGCGAAAAGGCAUUGCCAGCAGCUCAAAUUAUCCGUGAUGUUCUCGACCUUCCUAUUACUGCAGAAGAAUUAUUGAAUGAAAGUCGAAUUAAGCAAGAGCAGAUAUUUCCUACUGCAUCCUUAAUGCCUGGGGUUGAAAAGUUAAUCUACCAUCUGAAUAAACACAACAUCCCAAUGGCUGUUGCCACUAGCUCAGCCAGAGUGACAUUUGAAAUGAAAACAAGUAGGCACAGAGACUUCUUCAAUUUAUUCCAUCAUAUUGUGUUAGGAGAUGACCCAGAAGUGAAAAAUGGCAAACCGCAGCCUGAUAUUUUUCUUGUGUGUGCAAAGAGGUUUAACCCCCUUCCAGGCCUAGGAAAGUGCCUUGUAUUUGAAGAUGCACCUAAUGGUGUUGCAGCAGCCUUGGAUGCGGGAAUGCAAGUAGUGAUGAUUCCAGAUGAAAAUCUUAACCCAAAGCUGACGAAAAGAGCUACAAUAGUGCUCAAAUCAAUGGAGGAAUUUAAACCAGAAUUAUUUGGCUUGCCACCCUACGAAUAGCUCUAAUAAACUGUAUAAACAUUUUAGGUGUUUUGUCAUUUCCUUCAAAUAAAAAAAUAUAUAAUUACUUAA